CGCCCGCCCAGCCGGCGCCGCCCGCGCUGCCGCCCCGCUGCCCGCGGCCUCUCCGGGGGGGAAGCACAAGGAACUGAUCAAAACUCCAGGUAGAAGAUAAAGUUCAGAAUAAGAAGAAACUUGCAUACAUUGAAAAGAAAUCACAGAAGGAUUGUGGAGAAGAAUCUAGAGUACAAGUUCUGGUAGGAGAUGCCUCGCCGGGCGCCGCGGUUCGCAGCCGCCUCCCCGUGACCCCCCGGGAUCGGGAGCCGAUGCCUGCGCCCGCCCCGCUGCUGUGAACCCCGGGCAGCGACGCCUCCGACCUGCGCCCCGCCAGCGCUUCCCGCCCCACGAAUGGCUACUCAGAGGAAGCACUUGGUGAAAGAUUUCAAUCCCCACAUCACCUGUUAUAUCUGUAAAGGCUAUCUCAUCAAGCCGACCACAGUAACCGAGUGCCUCCACACCUUUUGUAAGACUUGUAUUGUUCAACACUUUGAAGACAGCAAUGACUGUCCCAGGUGUGGCAACCAAGUGCAUGAGACCAAUCCACUAGAAAUGCUAAGGCUGGAUAACACCUUAGAGGAAAUUAUAUUUAAGCUGGUGCCUGGACUUCGAGAACAGGAACUGCAGCGAGAGAUUGAAUUUUGGAAGAAAAACAAGCCUCAAGAAAAUGGACAAGAUGAGAGCCCAAAAGCUGAUAAACCCAAAGUAGAUGAGGAGUGUGAUGAAAAUGAAGAAGAUAAAGACUAUCACAGGAGUGACCCACAGAUUGCUAUCUGCCUCGACUGUUUACGCAACAAUGGGCAGUCAGGAGAUAACGUAGUCAAAGGUUUAAUGAAGAAAUUUAUCCGCUGUUCUACUCGAGUGACCGUGGGAACUAUCAAAAAGUUUCUCAGCUUAAAAUUAAAACUUCCAAGUUCUUAUGAGCUGGAUGUACUAUGCAAUGGAGAGAUCAUGGGGAAGGAUCAUACUAUGGAAUUCAUCUACAUGACAAGAUGGAGACUAAGAGGCGAAAACUUUCGGUGCCAGAACUGCUCAUCUUCGCAAGUCAGCUCACAGGAUGGCACUUUUUAUCAGUCUUACCCUAUGGUACUUCAGUAUCGACCUAGAAUUGACUUCGGUUAGACCAAAGGGCCAGACCCCAGAGAUGAAUCCUGCACUAUUUGUUUACCCAUCGACAGAUUGCACAAUGAAUGGAUGUGCCUGGAUUAGGGGGACACAACCAGAUUUUCAGCAUGCAAAUAAGGACUUUGUCUUUCUUAAAAUUGUCAGUUGCAUCUCUGUUGUUUCUAUUAGAGCAAGCCAAGUGCCAUUCUGCUACUGAAAUGUGCAUAAGAUAUUUGUGUAUCUUACGAGUGUGCUGCAAAUCAUAGCCAAAAUCAUGAAGUGUACAGUCAAGAUUCAAAAGCUAUGGAAUAUUUUUGCUUGCGUGGUAGAAAUUUUUUCUGGUCCUACUAUUGAUUACUCUAAAAAACGGCAGAGUGCUCAUUCCAUUUGGUGUUGCAGUUUCACACACUUACUAUUUUACUGAAUAUCGUUGUUUAAAUCAUAGAGUACUGUACAAAUAACUAAGGAUUAUAUCUUGAAAGUAUUUUGUAUAGAAAAUAUAUUUAGAAAAGUGGUGAUUGGGCCACUACCUUUCUCUUGAUAAGCUUCUCAUGGGUCCAGGUAUAGCUCACUCAUGAGUGUGUAACAGUCUUUUUGCCGUGGAUGAAGAUUAAUUACCCUUAACAGGAGAUGUAGAAUGUGGCAAUUCAAAACAACAAUUUUAAAUCUUCUAAAGAGAUUCUGCUAAUAUUGCUUAAAAGCAUCGCAGCCUUUGUGAUUGCACUUUUCUAUGUUUUCCCUAAAAAUUGGAAUUUGGGAUACAAGCUAUUUUUGGAAAAUGGCUUCUGGUCAGAUUACAUUUCCUCUAAUAUAGCCUUCAUGAAGAUGAAGUUGAAAAUAAUGUAAAUGUCUAUGGAACAACUACAUUUCUCUAUAAGAUUACAACCAACGCAAAUUUUUACAUAAUUAUUGCCUUUUGUAGUAAGCAUUUCCUUUAAAGAUUGGUUGGAGGUAUAUAAUAUGCUAAGACAAAAACAAUAUAUAGCUUUAAUUCAAUUAUAUAUCUCUUCUGACUAUCUGGAGUUUAGAAUUCACUGUAGAAAUGUUCAUUAGUUAAAGUCGCAUCGUAAAAUUAUUUCCAUAAAAUUAGAGGUAAUGCAAUACUGAAGAUAAGCAGUCUGACCAAAAUAAUUGUUCAGGUCUUCUUUUUCCUAAGACCUGGUAGUGUUGGAUAAAGAGUGAUUGUUGCCUUAGGUAUUGCGAGCAUAAUGGUUCUAGUAUAAAAUGUUUAUUGAGGUUUCUGGUAAUGUUGCAGGGAGCAUAGUAAUGCAUAUGUUUUCUGUAGUCUUCUGUUGUCUUUGCUCUGCUUAAAAGUCAGUUGAGUUUUUCACUUCAAAUUUUGUGAAGAUACUUACAGUUCAGUGCUUUUAUGUAAUUUCUACUUAAUACACACCUGUGAGCAUUGUAGAUAACUAUUUACUUUCUUAUGCCUUUUGCAUACAGCAAAAAGGAACCAAAUAACUAAAGAGUGAACUAAUCAUAAGACGAAGUGACAAUUCUGUCUUGGGAUCAAGUGUAACAGCUAGUUGCAAGGCUCUAACUCCUUUGUAAAUUUUUGUUCAUGUACAUUAGUACGUUUCUGUAGGAGAAAUAAGCAUGUUGUGGAUUAAAUCUGGCCCCUUUAAUGUUAGUAGGAGUUCUAACAUUGAUGACUUGAGGAAUCCGUAUAUAGUUGGGUUGAAUUCUACCAUUGUACUCCAAAGCCCAUAUGACACAGAAAUAAAGAUGCUGUCGGUAGCAGUCUGUUUAGGAAACCUGCCAUUGCAGGUCAAGGUUGCACAUAUUGUGCAGAUGCCAAUGAACCUGGGGAAGCAAAGCGUUUAGGAAGCUGCUGCUCCUUUCUGCAGGCAUAGUGUGCUGACUGGUAUAGGGACAGGUUUUGCAUUGCAGCGGGAAGGGGUGCACGUGCUGGCUGCAGGAGGUGGUCGUCUCUUUGCCCACCCAGUCUGUGAUGUGCUACUUGACAGAAAAAAAGAUACUCCGUGUAGGGAGGGCUCUUCUCUGCAGAGUCGCUAGAGGAAAAUAGAUUCUUUGUGUAUAUAGAAGUUCUCCUCAUGGAGCAGCUUGGAAGAGCAGAGCAUGCGUUCUAAUUGCAAAUCAUUCUUCUCUUUAGUGUAUAUACAGUUGUUUUCUACGGUAGAAAUAGGUUAUGAUUUGUAAAUAUUUACAUGCACAUACAAAUGACACCUUACAGUUUUUAUAUAUUUCACGUGUUUUUAUACCAGAAUUUUCAAUGUAGUAUCACUUGAGAUAAAAUGCAUGUCUCAGUUUAUCACAAAACUAACCGCAGUACUCUUAAGCAAAAUUUCUGCUUGAUUCAGGGGACAAUUUUUUUUCUCAACAGCUGCACUUAACAUUUUACCAAAUUUGAACAGAUUUGUUUUAAAAAGAAAAGAACACAUUUUUAAUCCAUUUUCAAUUAUCUUGUACAGAAGUUUGCAUUCACCUAACAGGACCCCCUGAAAUAGGACUACUUUGUAUUCACUUCUGAAUUAAAACUGAUAGAAGAUUUGACUGUUCAGUGACUUUCUGUGCUCACAAUUCAGAGAACCAUGAAUUUCCUUGAUCAGAAUUGGACAUUGGUGUAAUUUAUGGCAUUUUUUUAAUGCAGAUUACAGAAGGCAAUCUUCAUUUUAGGCAUGGAAAUUACUGACAGAAAUGAUUUAAUGUUCCCAGCUGAAAAUCAUGGCAUUAAAUGCAUAUGGUCUAGCCACCUACACUUUAUGCAUUUCUAAUUUGAUGGCACGGUACCUGAGUGCUGUUUUAGUUUUAAUAGUUUUUGUAGCGGUGAAGUGUCGGUGAAAUACAUAUCUUAACUGGGCAGCUUGUAUAACAGGCAUUGCCUCUUUUACAGGAAGUUUCUCUUCUGUAUCGUAUGUUUGUGCCAUGUGUCUGCAGAUACAUGUAUCUAAUUCAUUUGUGCCAAUUAAGAAUAUCUGAACAGCAUAGGAAUACAAGAAUGCGUGUGCAGAUUGCUGUGUGCCAAAGAUGGGGUCAAGUGAAAUGAGUACCUAAGCAUUCCAUUAAAACUGCACCAUAUGCCAUCCUAGAGCAGAUUACUGUAUACAGUCGCACCCUCUGAGCAUUUACAUGACAAAGUGUCACCACUGCAUGUUUGUAAAGAAUAGGAAUAUAAAAUAAGUGUUGCUGCCUUUGUGCUUCUUUGUUUUUCCUGUAUUGGCAGUACCUAGCUGCAGAGGAGUAAGACCUAGAAAGUUCCACAUUAGUACCUAACCUUGCUGCCUCUUAUUUGGUGCUUUUUUUUUUUUUUUUUUUUUUUUAAAUCCUGCCCCCAAGUGAAAAACUUGUAUCUGCUUUUAACUCUGGGGUAACUUUUCUUAAGCAUAGCUCUAUGGUGCGUUUGUCUGGUAACUAACUGUAAGCUGGAAUUAACAAGCAAGAUCCUAUAAUAUCUCAAAUGAUAAGGAAUUUGGAUGAUCGAUCAAGAAAUGUAUCUUCUGUCAUGCAUUACCACGCUGCUGGUAGCUAAGGGCCUAGUCCUGUAAAUGUUUUCUUUAUUUGGAUUAAAUACCAAAUAAGAUUACUACAAUAAUCCCGAAGUGACUCGUCACUAUAGCAGGUACUGUUAAUAUGAAAGCUUCUAGGAUUUGGGUCCUAGGAGUAUGCAGCGCUGUAAGUAUAUUGUGCGUACUUGGCUAGCUUGCAGUCAUUAUGCAAAGAAAACUUCUAAAAAUAUUAUUUUGACUUUACUGAAAAUGUUAUAUAAAGCAAAGUGCCUGAUUAUUAAUACAGAAUACCUUUCAAGCCCAUUAUUUGCAUUUGGCAGGGUAAUAUUUGCUUCUGUAUUUUAUUUGUGGCCAUAUUAUUUUCAGCAAGAAUAUUUUAUAAACAUGCUGUAUUGAGAAGCUUUCUUUCGUGGGAAACAAGCAAAGAAAGAAAUGUGUUCUGUUAGAUAAUUUAAAAAUUUAAAAACCUGUCUCAGUAGAAACUAUACUAAAAGAAUUACUUUCAUAUUGAAAUUAUUUUAUUUUCUACACGAGGAACCCUUGAAUUCUGGGUCUUGGUCUGUUUUCUUCUUACGCCUAAACAAUUUUAACUUGACUUUUCUCUUCUGCAGUUAUCAAAAGCAGUUCCAGAAGAAAAGAAAUUGAUGAUGUUCCCUUUAGAUAGAAUCUAGGCUCUUGCUUUCCACUGCAGACAAAGUGAUGGUCCAGAAUUCCAUCUCACCUCUCCUGUUUAAUUGUUAGACUUGUCUUUGUGAGAAAAGUAAAAAUUUUUCCUUCUUUUAUUUUUUUUCUGAAAUAACAAAACAGGCCAGGGUUUAAUCCUUUAAUUGAACCAAUCACCAAGUCGUAUUGUUCUGCUUCUGGUCUUUUUUUCAUAUUUUCAUGUUACUGAAGAAACCAAGAGGCAUUCACUCCCCAGGAAAAAGUAUUCCUGGGAAAAUUUGCAACAAAAGGAAUAGCAUCAAGCUCAGCCAGGUAGAAAUACUGGUAGAAACUUCUGGUAGAAAUACUAGAGAACAGAUAGUUGUUCAAAGCCAGUCUUAAAUCUCAAAAUAAACACUGUUGAUCGAGGGGCUGCAUAAAAUACUGGUCAGUUACAUAGACUGCCCAAACUAAUUUUUAGCCUGGAAAAAAAACGAGGCAAUCAAGACUUUUAUGCCUAUCUACAGCAAGUGUAUAAACAUAGAGAUGCUUAAAUCAAGAGCUAGGUCCAGUUUCUUCACUUAACCUAGGCAGGUUGAAGACAACUAUUUGAUUCCAUUGAAAAUGCAUAUAUCAUGCAGGAUAUUCCCCACUCUUUACUUCAUGCUAUGCUGUUUCAUUAUUUAUCUCAGUUAAAAUGUCUUUUUGAGCACCCUCUGUGCUGUAAUUAAUUCUAGGUUCUUAUGCAUCCGUUGCCUAUUCCCAUACCCCACCCUAUUUAUGCCUGACAAGUAGAAAUGUUAAGGAGUUCUAAAGGAGAAAUUGCACAAGAGGAAUCGGCUCGUAGGUUUGGUUCAUCAGGCAGCUCUCAUGGAUUUCAGCAAAGUUUUCACAGUCCUGCAUUUUGAAUCCUGGAGAGACAAUUUGAACAAGGUCGUGCUUCCACAAGUUGUGCAGCUAAAGACGUUGCUUGAGGAAGGAUUGCAACCUACUAGAGCAUGUUCCAAGAUUAAAUCUAAGACACAAGGGAGUUGAUUCACCCUGAAGAAAAUGUGAAAAGCUUGCAACUGCUCAUUUACCACUAGUUUUAUUACUUGUGAGUAGUCAGACCUCAGCAGAAACAUCUUUCUCUAGGAGUGUUCUACAAAAGAUGUUUUUAUAAUGGUAUUUCUCUUCAUAGCAGAUCUAGCUGUUGAUUUUUAUUUCUUUUUUUUAAAACUAGUGUCUACACUGUCUGUAGAUCAGAUUCUAGAAUAGGAAAUUGAUUAAUUAAUGAAUUCUGGACAGAUUUUUCCAUUCAAGGUAUGUGCCAUAAAUCAUCAUUUGAAUUCAGGUAGCUUGCUAUUGCAGUUAAGAUGUUAUUUCAUUCUCUGUUAAGCAGUUUAGAUCUAUACAGUUCUAGAGCGGGGCGGUGGAACAAAGAGCUCUGUAGACAGGUGGAAAUGCCCAGGCUUCCUUUUGUGCAAACAGAAAGAGACACAGUUGUGUAGGCUCAGGAUGAAGGCGGCAUUCUGGAAUGAAAAAUGUCUACAAGUGGAAGGUUUUGUCAUUACUAAGUUUAACCAAAGAGAGGCAUUAGUUUGACUUUGCAUGUUUAUCUAAACCAUUAGGCAUACUUUUCUUUGAAGUUAAUUUUACAUGAGUCUUUAGGAAAUGCUUCUAGCAAGGUUUAGUAACACAACCGUUGACAGGAUGAGGUGGACAGUAGUUACUGUGCAUUUUCCUUUUUUCUUAUGAUAGCGAGCGGAAAGCAAGGUAAGAGUUGAGAGCAGGUUGCUAUAGAAUAUAUAAAAUUGCUGCAACAGUAAAAUGUUUGUGCUGCUAGUUAACGGACUGAGGGUUUAUAUUACAAAUGAAGUUGUAAUAAAGAUGUUUAUUAACAAAGUGCAAGGCACAUAUUUUAUGAUGGUAUUCUACUCCUAAAAUUCUCUUUAGUAUUAUAUAGAGUAUAGUCGACAUUAUUGCUGUUGUCUCAUGAAUUUUGGUGUGGUAAAAUGAAACAUGCUCCCUUUUUACUGAAAAAAAUAUCACUUACAAAUUGAUUUAAAAUUACUCUUUGUUGUUAGAUAUUUAGUUUGUUCAUAAAAGAAGUUUUUUUAAAAGAAACUAUUUUUAUGGAUAAUCUAAUUGCCUAGUAGUUUUAAGGGACCUAUUUAAUACCAAAGGUAAAACCACCUAAAACUGACUUGGAGUAAGGCACUGAUGCUUUUUCUGGAGUGCAGUGGUCAAGAGUUACACCUGGAAUCAGUCAAGCUGAACUUAACUGGUGGUACCUGUGUCACCAAGCUAAAGGGUUAGGCACAUCUAGCAGUUUCCACAACAAAAUAGAAAAGGAAAAAAACAACAGGAGUAGCAUAAAGCUGAGUUAGCAGACCUAGAGUAGCUCUUUCAGUUACAGCUCAUGUUCACAAAGAAAAGCACAAAGGUUUGCAUUACUGAUGUGUCUGCUAUACCUGGCCUGUGAACUAAUGAACAACUUCAGUGUGUUGUCAAUCCUGUAAACCUUCCAAAGCACAAAAUAUUCACCAAGCUACUGUUGGAGUUUCUAGUUGUAGUUCAGUGAUAUUUUGGAGGGUGGAAAGGACAGACUUUGAGGCUAAUGAGAAGAUAAGAAGUAUGUUUUACAGAUUUUAUAGAUAUUUUUUUAGCAAAUGGCGUUGCUGUCCUUGACAUGACACCAUUGAUUAACCAGAAGUCAAUUAUUUUACUUGUGUAGUAUAAAAUAGAAAGAAUAAAGAAAUCCAAAUGUCUUGAUAUUUCCUUUCCCAGCAUAGUGAUUAACUAAACUGGAAAGUAAUAGGACAAUUUAAUUAUUUAGCUGACUGAAAUAAUAUUUCAUUCUAAAAACUUACUGAUCAUAUAUUUUUCUCAAAUACAAGCUUCUCAGUAUAAACAUGAAGCAAUACGUCAUUUUUUCCCCUUAUUGCAGACUUAAUUAUUGAAAGGAAAAUAUUUUACUCUUCUUUAAAAUUAAGGCAAAGCCUGAAUUGUUGGAUGUUCCAGGCUACUGAAUAGGCUAUAAGGAGUUACUCUCAAUGGAUUUUUUGGGGGAAAGGGGGCCUAAGUGUCCUUAUAUAAGCUGUGAUCCAAGUUAGGAUAUGAAAGGAGCCUAUGGUGAGCAGUAAUAAUGUUCUAAUGCUUCCUUGCAUUUGAUAGUAGUUAACAGUUUUUAAUAUAACAGCCCUCACAGUACUUAGGAGCUCAUAGAACAUAUUGUGAUGUUAUGUUGCUAAUUUGUUUUAAAAUAUAAAAUGUUUUAAGCUUUUUGUCAAAAGUGAUAACAUCAUAUUAAAAAUAAACCUUUUUGUGGUUGUAAAAUUUAGCUUAUAAAUCAUUCAAAUUGAAGUGAAAAAAACACAGGUCAUUGUUAAUGACAGUCUAUCCUACUAAUAAGAAUAUAUGUAUUUUUGUAAAGGAAAAGCACUUGUAGAUAUUUAAUCAGUCCGAUAUCUAUCUAUGUUAAUGUUUUGAAAAACAAGAAGACAAAAUGCUGCUUAGAGAAUCACUUACGUAUUUUUAUUUUUUGUGCUUAAAUGCAUUUUCUAUUGAUUUAUGGAAUGUUUAUUCUGUAUGAAGCUGUAUAGUUAGUACAGCUGGGCUAAAUGCAUUUCUUACCUUAACUUAAUCAAUUGUAUCUGACUGAUAAUAUAUUUUCUGUCCAUUCGGAAAGCUAAUUGCAAAACAUACUGGUGGUGCUGUUUUUCAUCUUUGAUAUUAGCUUCAUCCCAUCUUAUAUCAUUUUUCUACUUCAUAGUAAUUGUAAAAAAUUUAAAAAUUUUUUGUGAUGUUUGUUUUAAUUGAUGUUUUAGGGUAUAUUUGUUUAUUAAGUUGCAUCUUAUUGUAAUUAUAAACAUCUUCAUAAAAUAGUGACAGAAUUUUAUGUACGGUUUUUAAAAAAACAGUUCCCUGGGUGAAAAUAUAUGCCAGAUUAGUCGAGUUUAAUACUUACUUUCUUCCAAAGGAAACUAGUUUUGAGUCCAUGCAUGAAACAUGAUUGCAAGUUUCUGAGCAUUCAUAAAAAUAGUAUUUCAUUCAGAAUAACUUCUGUCUUGUAAUAUUGUGUGGAUAUUUGAAACCUCACCCAACUGUAUUUUGAUUCAAUAUAGUCGAUUAACACGAUUUCAAGAAAAAAAAAAAAAGUAAAGCAAAGAAUUUUAUUGAAGUACAGUAAAAAGUGACAACCACAUUUGUUUGUGGUUAUUAGUGUACAAUCAAAGAUCUAUUUACUGAUUUCAGUGGGAUUCUGCAGGGAUCUGCUCUGUGGGCCUGGUGCUGAAUUAAGCUCUUCAGCUUAACCUCAGUGGAGCUACUUUCUUUAAUUAUCCUUGUAGCUACAACUUGAAAUGACCCAGAGUUCCCACUCACUUACUGAAUCUCCUUUUAUGAUGGCUAAUGUUGUUUAAAUUUAAUCUUAUUAUGUUAACCUUCCCAUAAGUAAAUAAGUUUUGCAGUGCUGAGCGUGUAUGCUAGCAGUGGAAUUGAGUGUUAUAAACUCAGCUAGCUAAAUAUCUCAAUAAUUGUCAAAGUAGGGGAGAAUUUAACUCAGACUAUAAAUACAUGUAAUGCCGCAGUCUCAGUAGUACGCAUGUUUCACAAAGUACUGUAAGUAAUCAGGUUUUGAUGAGUUUUAUUAUUUGAAUAUGGUCCAUUUUUAUAGUUCUUGUUAAGAGCUGAUUUCUGUAUGAAUUCAUUUGGGGUUGACAUCUCAGGGUCCACAACGCAUUUUAAAACCUUAAAUCCAUUUGAGCUAUGAGUGCAAUACCAGUAUUGCAGACUUGCGUCUUUUAAAGAACCAAAUAUGUUGUGGUUUGUAGUAUUUUAAAAAGCACUGUAAAUUUUACCCAGUCUUACCAAAGCAAUGCUUUUUUUAAUCUGUGCAAAAAAACCUUUGGAGUUGAGCAUGGCCCUUGAAAAAAUGAGACACUUCUUACUGCGUUAGCACGAGUGAGCGAUUUUCCACUUAGGGAGGGCUAUUUCUGCCACGGGGUGGGGAGGGUGAGCAAAAUCCCAUGGUCCUGCCUCUUGGUGUUGACUGAAGUGUGCCUGUUUGAAGCUGCAUCUGUGUUUGUAAGCAAGAUUUGGUUUAGAACAACAGCUCAUGUAAAUGGACCUUUUAGACUCUUGUGUAUAAAUAUAUCUGAUAUGUAAUGAGAUUUCUAGUUAUGUAACUACCUGUAUGGCUCAGUACCAGUGAUGUUAAAUUGAGCGCUUCAUGCUAAUGUCAAGAAUGUUCACAGCACCUUUAUAACCGCUGAUAACAAAAGACAAUUUGGUCUGACCUGUAUGCUGCAAGAUGCCUCUAGCCCAGUUGGAUUAAUUUUAUGAAAAAUCUAGAUGAGCAAGAAGUAUAACUAAUCUGCUUACUAGCACUGAAUUGCUCCUUUCUCAAAGCAAUAAAUAUAUUCAUGUUGUAACAUCUGUUGUGCAGCCUACAAUACGAGUUGUUUUGUUGCAUUGUUUCUAUAUAAUUUAUUUUGUGCAAUAAAAAAAUCUCUGGUUUUAUCUGACUUCUUUCUA